GAGUUCCGAAUGUGUUGUUUGUUUUGAGUUACAUAUGUGAAAGUGGUGUUGAAUAUUUUGUAUUGUGAUUGCUAAGAAAGUGUUGAUAUUGAAAUGUACCUUGCAAAUACUUUUCAUUGUGUGGUCAAGAAAGGUUAUGAACGUUGUUUGUUUAAAGCUGUGCGCCAAUUUAGUACCGAAGCUGUAGACGAUUCGGUAAUUCGACAAGCAGGUAUUAUUGACGACUCUGAUGACAGCACAAAUUAUGAGGAAUACAUCGAAAUGAAGAGAAAUAAAUCACGUCUGUUACCACAGCAUCACAAUAUAUUACACAAUAAAGUACCAUAUUCCAGCAGUAAGGGUUGGUUUCAUGAUACGGUUAAGUAUAAACGUAGGCUUUACGGGCGUUAUGGUAGUAUUAGUGCUGUCAACCCAGGCGUAAUGUGGCCAACUAAGAAUGAUUUAGAUGACAUUCGUGAAUAUGAAUCUGUCGCAUACCCACAUACUCUUGAAGAGAUGAUUGAGAAAAGUAUCGCUGAAAGAAAGUUGAGGGAAUCAACUAUCAGGGAAAGAGAGGAGGCUAUUUCUAAGAAGAUGGAAUGUUUGGAAAAGUGGAAGGAAGAACUCAAAGCUAGAGUUUUAAAGAAAGAAGAAGCUAUGCUUGCUGCAAAGGCGAGAAAGGAUCGACUAAUGGAAGAAGUCCGUAGGCAUUUUGGCUUUAAAGUGGAUCCCCGUGAUGAUCGUUUUAAGGAAAUGUUGGAGAAAAAGGAAAGAGAAGAAAAGAAAUUGGCAAAAGAAGCAAAACGCAAAGCCAAAGAAGCAAAAGCAAUGGCAAGGUUAACUGAAGCAGUGGCAAAAGCAUCUAUAGAGUCAAAAGACUGAAAAUAGUGUAAUAGUGGAAAAAUAUGUUGUGUGUAACAGGAACUGUUCUAUCUGGAAAAUUGUAGAGAUUAAAGUGGUGCCUUGUGCUGUUGUGCUCCUUUAA